AUGUUGACAGCGGCCGGUGUGAUCGUCAAGGCGGUCGUGCUUGGCACUGGGACAGCUCCAAGCAACGGGGAUGGGGGCUCGCUGUUUGGGAGGCACAUAUUUCACAGUCUCCGACCGCCUCCGCGCACACCGCCCGCCCUCGCAGCUCGCCCCAUAGCCGCAGCCCCGGACUGCGGCGCGCCGCUCAAACCCGGGGACCAAUGCGGCGGCACGCGUGGCUCUGCUUGCCCCGGCAAGCGGUGUGUCGACGGGCCGUGGCGUGACGCCUGCUGCCCUGACGGCUAUGAGUGCACCCGCAGCGACGCGCACUUCCACAGCUGCCGGGAAAGCGGGGACGGCUGGGGAGGGGCCCUCAAGACCUCCUUUCACAGGAGCCUGGGCGAGAAGGGCUUGAUCGUCACUGGCCCGGGUGGCAAGGGUGCCUUCGGCAAGGGCUUGGUCGGCAAGGGCUCCAUUGGCAAGGGCCUGAUCGGCAAGGGCGCUACUGGCAAGGGCCUAAUCGGCAAGGGCGCCACUGGCAAAGGCUUGAUCGGCAAGGGCGCCAUUGUCAUUGGCAAGGGCUUGAUCGGCAAGGGCUCCAUUGGGAAGGGCAUCGCCGGCAAGGGCGCUCUGGCACCUCGCGCGCCGGUCCCAGCUCGUGUGGCCCCCAACGGUGACCCUGCAUACGGUGACGUGCUGAGCCUGUCCUUCUUGUUCUACGAGGCCCAGCGCAGCGGGAAGCUGCCGCCCAGCAACCGCAUCUCCUGGCGCGGCGACUCGGGCCUGCAGGACCGCGCACCCGACGGCCGCGAUGUCACCGGCGGCUGGUAUGACGCGGGCGACAACGUGAAAUUCAACUUGCCAAUGGCCUGGACCGCUGGCGUGCUUGCGUGGUCUGUUUUGGAAUACAAGGAGGGUUAUGUUGCGGCCAGGCAGUACGAAACAGCCCUGGACAACAUCAAAUGGGCAACAGAUUACUUCAUCAAAUGCGUGGGGGACGGCUCCACGAUUGUUGGACAGGUUGGCAGCGGGUACGAAGACCACUCCACGUGGACGCGCCCCGAGGACAAGGUCCCGCCCACCCCUGUCUUCGUCCUCACCCCCGACCGCCCCGGCUCUGACGUCACCGCCGCGAUGGCCGGGGCCCUGGGCGCCGCGUCGGUCGCCUUUGCCGACGUGGACCCCGCCUAUUCAGCCCGGCUGCUGGCCGCGGCCCUCAAGGCGUACCAGUUCGCAGUGAAGUACCGCGGCCUGUACCAUGACGCCAUCCCUGAGGCCGCCAGCUUCUACAGGUCGAGCAACUAUUACGAUGACCUCGCUUGGGCGGCGAUCUGGCUGGGCGUGCGCACCGGCAACCCCUCCUACAAGCAGGCCGCCCGGGAGUUUUACGGCCUGCACUGGCGGACGGAGCACCUGCAGAACCCAGUUUGGGACAGUUAUGACUGGGACUCCAACAGCUGGGGAGCGGUGCUGAUCCUGUCGCGCUGGUUCCCUGAGGACCCCUUCUACAAGGCCCGCAUGAUGACCUUUGUCAACGACUGGCUGAACACGGGACCCUGGAUCAGGCGCACGCCCAAAGGGCUGGGGUUCAGCACGACCUGGGGCAGCCUGAGGCACGUGGGCAACGCGCUGUUCCUCAUGAAGACAUACGCCAAGGGCGCAGGCGACCCCGCCCUCGAGCGCCGCGUCGACUGCUUCGCGCACAACCAGCUGGCCUACAUCCUUGGCGGCGUCACGGGGCGCUCCUUCGUGGUCGGCUACGGCCCGACGCCCCCGCAGCAGCCCCAUCACCGCGCGGCCAGCUGCCCGCGGCUUGGCGUGCCCUGCUCAUUCAAAUACCUGGAGAGCCGCUCGCCCAACCCCCACAUCAUAUACGGCGCGCUGGUGGGCGGCCCCGACGGCGCCGAUGCCUACGAAGACGUGCGCUCCAAUUUCGUGCAGAACGAGGUUGCCGUCGAUUACAACGGCGGUUUCACGGGCAUUCUGGCUGCCAUGGUCAAGCCCACUUUUACCUCAGCUGAGUGUGACGGCAGGUACUGA